AUGGGUUCCAGCCUCAGCCGGGCCAUGGGCAAAAUCUUUGGCAACAAAGAAAUGCGCAUCCUCAUGCUCGGUCUCGACGCAGCCGGUAAAACCACCAUCCUCUACAAACUCAAACUCAACCAGUCCGUCACCACCAUCCCCACCGUCGGAUUCAACGUCGAGACCGUCCAAUACAAGAACGUCAAGUUCAACGUCUGGGACGUAGGUGGACAGGACAAGAUCCGUCCGCUCUGGAGACACUACUACACCGGAACCCAGGGACUCGUGUUCGUUGUGGACAGUCAAGAUCGAGACCGAAUCGACGAAGCGAGACAGGAAUUGCAUAGGAUCAUCGGUGAUAGGGAGAUGAAGGAUUGCCUGCUGUUGGUGUUUGCGAAUAAACAGGAUUUGCCCGGUGCAAUGAGUCCGGCCGAGGUGACGGAGAAGUUGGGCUUGCAUAGGAUGAGGGAUAGGAGCUGGUUCGUACAUCCCAGUUGCGCUACUAGCGGUGAAGGGUUGUAUGAGGGUUUGAGUUGGUUGUCCCAGAACGUAUCGACGACAAAGACGUAG